UAUCUGGCUCAGGCGGCUCGUCUGUCUCUAUGCUGUUCUGAUGUUGGGACGGGAGGCGCAGGAACUCGCACUGAAUUUACGGCUUAAAAGUGGAUAGACCGAUUUCACGAAUCAGUCUGGAUGGUGAAGACAAAGACGCGCGGUGUGGAAUUUUUCCAGCAAGUGCAUUAUAACGUCUUAUUUCUCGACUUUAUUUUUUUGCCCAGCUGCGUGUUCGUGGCUGAUUGAUCUGUCGAGUGAAACCAGCUAGCUGGCCAAGUUGUGGUUCGGCAGAUAGCUAAGCUAGGCUAACUAUCCGAUGCUGCCUCUGUGUAUAAUUAGUGUGCUAGGUUGGCCAGCCACCUAGCGGACUGUUUCUAGGAUCAUCUUGGACAGCCGUGUAGUCGAUGGUGGAGGUUCAUAAGUGUGGCUGAAGGGCUGAGACUGGGAGAGAAACACCACUCUGCACUGGAGGGAGGAGUCUAAUGCCUCAGAAAUGUGAAACUCAGUUAGUGUAGCCCCACCCCUUACAGGGAACCAAGGAACCAAACCUCUCAUCCACAGAAAGUUUGGAGGUUUUCAGCCAUGCUCCUCAAGCCAUACCCUAAGCCACAGGAUAAAGAACUUCAGCAGGACGGGGGACAGGAUGGCACAGGAAUUCUUGUGGGUCAACGGAGAGUACUCAGAACUGAGUGGGGUUUUCGCCAAGCGUGCAGUCUCAUGGGCUCGCCUGGCAACGGCACAGUUAACCGGUACCCCCUCAGUGUCAUCUCCACCAAUACUCUCCGUUGUACCACCAACAAUAUCAGUACCCCACCCACAAGAGCAAGUGGGGGUUUCUCCCACUCAUGGAGCCAUAAGAGCAAGACCUCUUCCUCUGUCACUACAUUCACAAGCUCAUUAGUGCUACUCUCCUCAUCAACUGGCAUGGAGAAUGAAGGCUCACUAGGAAUAUACCAAGGAGAGGAUGGAGAGGGAUCGUUGGACAUAUGGGCAGUCAUUAAGCCUGGGAACACCAAAGAAAAGAUUGCAAUAUUUACUGCCCAGAAAUGUAGUCACAUUGCUGCAGGUAGCAGUGACAAAGCUUCUGAGAAAGAGGGGAUUACAACAGAUUUUCGGACAAUAUCAAUGAAAAGCAAAGGUUGCUGGGAUGGUGAAUGGUCUAUGGCAAAGCGAAGGAAGCGGUCUGGAAAUCUUGACAAGUCAAGAUGCGUUACUCCUCCUGCACAAAAGUCUGAAUUCUGCACAGCACUUUUUAACUCCAACAAAAACUCAAAUGCUUUCUCUGGUAUAGCUGGGGACAUUGUGAAGACAGAUGGAGAAGAGGGUGGAAAAACGAUCUCUGUGGUUGAAAUGGUGGCAUACCUGGAACAGAGAGCUAGCGAUCAUGUAGACCCAAAACGUCCAUCAUUGCGAAGCUCCAGCACAAUUACUCUGUCCAAAGGUCUAUCACUGCUUCCUCCAGGUGAUCAGGUAUCUAAAGCUCCACAGCUACCAGAUGCCCAUGAGGAAGAGGAAUCCGUGCGAGUGCUGGACAUGGUUGCCAAGUUGGAAUCUCAGUGCCUCAGCAGACAAAGUAUGAGAGAUGGAGGAGACCUUUCGCGCAACAACAGCCUGCGGAGGAGGGUGGGACGUGUUUUGCUGGCAGGAUCUGAACCAUAUUCUGCAGUCUUGCCAAGCCAGGCUGCAUUGCCUAGCCUUCCUCAGGACAAGAGAGCUGACAGUCACUCAGAGCAAGUUGCUAGUGAUGUAGAUAAACCUGGAGCCCCACCAGAAGCCUGUGUGCCUGUGCUUUCAGAGCAUUUUGCACUCCGAGUUAGGAAUGUGAGUGAACAGGAGACGUGUGUUAAAGUAGACACAAUAAAUAGCCUGUACACUCUGGCCAGCUCAGAGACCCAUGAGUGCAUUGAAGAGCCUCUUCCAGGCAUGCUGUUCUUUGCUCAGUCUCCCCCUCAGGCUCCUUUGGAGCAGAGAUGUUCCUCUAUUUCUAAGCAUAGCUCCAUAUCACAAAAUACAGAGGACUACUCUAAUGACCAAAAGAAUGAACAGAGAGGGGCAGCACCACACAAACAGGCAUUGGAACCUCCUUUUGCUGAUGUGUCUUUCAGAGAGGAGAACAUGGAUAAAUUGGGGGACAGUCAUGAUUUGGAGCAAAUGGAAGAAGAGUUCGGUGUAAAUAAUCGGGGUCUUGUGCCUUUACGUCGCCUAGUGUCUCAUGAAUUCUUGGAGACCCGCUUUAAGAUUCAGCUCCUUCUGGAGCCCCAACAGUAUAUGGCAUUUCUGCCCCAUCACAUCAUUGUAAGGAUCUUUAGUUUGCUGCCUACUGAAAGCCUGGCUGCCCUCAAGUGCACCUGUCAUUACUUCAAGUUUAUCAUUGAGAGUUAUGGUGUGCGUCCCGCUGACUCCCGUUGGGUCAGUGAUCCGCGCUACAAAGACGAUCCCUGCAAGCAGUGUAAGAAGCGCUAUGGCCGUGGUGAUGUGUCACUUUGUCGAUGGCACCAUAAGCCCUACUGCCAGGCAUUGCCCUAUGGCCCUGGCUACUGGAUGUGCUGCAGGGGUGCCCAUAAAGACACACCUGGUUGUAAUGUGGGACUCCAUGACAACCGGUGGGUCCCUGCCUUUCAUAGUAUCAAUAUGCCAAUUUAUAAAAAAAGCAGGGACAGUGAAGAUGUGUAGUCUGCUGGAAUGGGAUGGUGUAUGAGCUUUUUUUUUUUUUUUUUGUUAGAGAUGUCCACAUGGCUGUAACCGGUGUGGGUGAAUACUGGUUCUUGUGCCUCUGCCGCCAUAUGAGCUUAUGUUUUGUUGUUGUUUUUUAGUUUUUUUUUUAAAUGUUGAAUCAGCUUGCAUCCACACUGCUGAAACUAACUAGAUGGCUGUAUUUUUGCAUCAGAUUCUCCUCUGCCCACCAACACAUCUAUAGAGCCUACUCAGGUCCUUAAAGUUGAUCUGCACUUUAACCUUUAAUUGCUGAAUUCUUGUAAAUUGUCCAGGGUACUUUCCGUUGUUUUUACUCUCAACAAGCAUUACUUUGUGUCGCACUAACUUAUUUCCCAGAGAACACUUAAACAUUUCCCAUUCGUUAUCAUUUAAUAUAUUAGACACAAAAAGCCUAACUUUGUUUUAGCAUACAUUUCAGUACAAUUAAUCCAUUGUUCUUUUCAUUACAGACAAGUUUGCUUAAAGAGCUUAAUAUAGAUUAAUGUUUGCCCCUUUGCCCAUCUUGUAAUUUCAAUUUACAAAUGUUCUGGGAUCAUGUACUAGUUAACAUUGUUUCUGGCUGGUCUGAAAGGUGAUCCCAGAUGUUUACACUGUACAUAGCAGAGACUUAUAUAAUAAUGGGGUGAAGAGUUUCUAUAACUUGGAAUGGGUCUUUGGGUGGAACACCUUUUCAUGUCUAUAUUUCGCAUUGCUUUCCUCUAGAUUUACAGUAUUUUGUUAAACUGUAAAAUGGCAAUGUGCAUGCCUUCAACUUAAGUAUUGGCACCUCCCUAGUAUGAUGCAGUGUUUCUAAUAGGGGAACCUUUUGAAUGUAGGGAGGCCGGUCAAUUGCAUUAUAUUUCCUAUGACCAUCUGGAUGGCAUCAGAUUAAAAAAAAAAAAAAAAGACCGUAUCCAUUGCAAUGUAAAGUAAAUGUCUCCAAAGUGCGUUUCAGAGUUUUAAAGAGCAUUAUUAUAAUACUUGUGCUGUUUCUGCCUUAUAAGGCAUUUUACUUCAAUAAAGUGUAUUCCUGGAAAAUUUGCAAGCUGCAUUUGUUUUGCUGUCAUACCCUUAGAACAUAUGAAUUGCAAACAUGUAAUGUGAAUAUCAUGCAACCUUAAAAAAGUGGGAGAAACAAAUAACAUGCUUUCUAUUAUUUUGAGAUUUAUGAAGGAAAAGUGGUGAGCUUUAUUUUGUGUUCAAGACUGAAAUGUCUGUGUAAAUUCAGUGGGCACAGCUAUAUUUUGAGAGUGGUUUCUUUUCUGUAAGGAUUGAUCCAGAGUGUUUGGAGAUGAGUUGCAGUUAAGCAAUGUGAAAUGUUUUACACUCUUCUACCUGGUCUGGUCUGGUCUUUCAAAGUAGGAUUUGACUAAUCCUGCUUUGAGCUAUAUGAAAGUAAUAUGUAAAUACUUAAUGUUUGGGCAGAGAAAUAUUGCCAAUAACCAAAUGUAUCCAAGUAUUGUUGGCCUUUCCCACUUUUCACACCCCUUUAUGUAUAUACUUGGCAUUUCUUUUUCCCUGAUAAAUGAUGGCCUUUAAGUGCACAGUACAAUGAGUGGAUGAACACAAUUCACUGGGCAAUAAAACAUAUGAAAAUA